AUGGCGGACGCGCCUGAUAUCUCACGAGAUCAUCCACCACCGGUCAACUGUGCUGGUCGGCCAAACAACAACGACCGCACCAUCGCUGAUUUGACAAUCCGAACUGCAAUGAACACCAAUCACAAUGAAAAGACUGGUGACGAACUUUAUGCGGAAAACAAGCAACAGAAACAAGAGCCCCGAUCCCAAGGCACAGACGUCCUGUCGGAGAUAAAGGAUCUUGAGUCAGCGAGCGAAGUGAUCGACUCCAAGUCCAGACAGUUCAUCGCCAAGAUCAAAGAGAUCGUAUUAGAGAACGAAAAAGCAUUUGAGAACGAAGAAAUUUGCUUGCAGAUUGAAGAGCUUUACUUGGAGAUCGAAAAAGAGUUCGACUCCCUUGACAUAAGAGUAAAAGCAGUUGGGAGAUUCCUAGCUGAAACAUCGUUUUUGGUCAAGGAAAAGUGCGAUGAUGUCUCCCUACUAGAGAAAUACCUGGAUAGUUUCAAACAGCUCGAUGAAGCAAACGACGGAGUGAUUGGAGAACAAGAGAAAUCGCAACUCUACAGGCUUAGCCAGGCCUUGGCGAGUGAACUCGCAGAUGUGAAACGCCUACAGCAGUUAUUAGUCGGGAAACCUGCGGAACGCGCAAAAGAACAUGCUGAAGGCGACACCAACCCUGUUGAGCGUUAA